CUUACCUUACCUUCCUGGUUAGAGUCGGAGGAUGGACUAAGGCAGAGUUAGAUGACGAAGUGCAGUCUCUUCACUGUUUACUGAGACAGAGUCAGAGAAAGUGUCAAAGCUUCUGCAAAGUUCAUUUCAGUGGAAAUAGGAGUUAUUUUUAAAGGCACACCGUCAUGAUCUUCAAAUAAGGAAGCUGCUGGCUGAUGUGCUGAGGAAUCUCCAGUUCGUUUUGCGAAUAACCUAUGAAAUAAGGGAGACUGAGGGCAGAAAAAAAAUGGAAAAGAGGAAGAAAGGAGACACGAGGAAGGUUUCCCAUGGCUGUUUGCUGCUUCUGGCCCUGCUCCUAAUCACGGCACUCUCCUCAGCACAGAACACCCUCACAGCCACCUCCCCAGUCAGCACCGCUCCAGCACUGAACCCUGCAGCUGUUAAUUACACUACAUGGCCAGCUAACGUCACGGUGGCUGUGGGGCAGCCGGCGGUGUUUCGCUGUGGGGUUCCCAGCGCCUCUCCAAACCUCACAUUCACCUUCUACAGGAGUCAGCACAUAUACAACCUCACCUGCCCUUAUGGCCAAGUGGAAGCUGUCCCCCAGGCUCUCGGAAGUUGUGAUAUGAAGAACGGAGAGUCGUUGGCUGUGUGGACCCUCUGGGGAACUUCUCUCUCUGAUGAUGGCGCACAAGUCGUAUGUCAGCAGCGCAGUGGUCCGGACGCACCUGCUGCUUUCCUGCAUGUUUACAGCAUUGGCAAUGUUGGCACUAGUUACACCACUCUCAUUGGCUGUACUAUCGGGGGCUUCUUUGGAACCCUGUUGGUGUUUGGUGUGUUGUUCCUUAUGCUGUGGAAAUCUGAGACCUUCCAGAGGUGCUACAGGGGAAAGGAAGCAGAAGAGGAUAUGAACACAAUGGUAACAAAGGAGUGAGAUUCUUUGAGCAAUGAUGAAAAUGCUGCUUAGUAAAUACUGUAUACCCAGAGCAGCUGGGCUCUAUUCUCUAUUGAAAUCCUUUGUCAAAUCUAAGUGAAGCUGCUGUCUGAAACGUCUGAUCUACUCUAACCCUUGAAAUCUAUUCUUGUUCUGCCCUCAGUAACUGAACCUCACACACAUUAUCUGCAGCAUGACGGUGUAUUAUAUAGUACAGAGUACUUCAAAUAAUUCACCAAAAAUAAUUUGCCACAUAUGCACACAAGCAUGCAUUAUUACAUGUUUCAUGAUGUUGGUGUAAACAGCAACUACGUGUUAUGAAAGUGCCGAGUAAGCAAUCAUUAAAACCUUGCGUGCGGACAGGCAGCAGAUAAAUGAGGAAUAGGAGAGAAGAUGCUGCACAGGACAUAUGAUUACAUCACUAUGCAAACAAACUGCUGGAGGUACUGUAACUCAGUAGAACAUGUGUGUGUAAUACCAGGUUACUACACUUUCCCAGUUUGUCCACUUGAGGGAAGCACUUACUGUAGAAAUAACAAGCCGACCAUUUGUGCAACCACACACAGGAAUAUUCACAUUAAACAUAACUGUAAAUAACAAACACUAAAACAACCAUUUCUGUUCCACUUGAGGCUUAGUCAGUGAUGUAUGUUAGUAAGCACUCAUUUCCAUUGUGAAGUAAAUUGCCCUAAUGUUUGUGGUCACACAGUCAUUGAAUUUGCAUAAAGGCAAAGCACGGUAGCUCUUUGUUCCAUAGUUACUAAAGGUAAACACAGGGACAUGUUUGUUUUUUAAGGCUUUCAUUGUUGUUGUUUGUGCACUGUUCUCUGCCUUUUUGUUUCUUAUGAUACAUUAUUGUAACAUGUUUGUUUCUUCUUUGUGUGUGCUUGUGCAUGUGUGUUGUCCAUUGACCCUGGAUAUAAAAUCACUUGCAAAUUUAAGUUUGCUUUUAGUUUGUGGCCCAUGACCAAAUAAAAGUGAAAUGAAUUCAAAACAGUAGGCCUACCUGGGUGUCCUUAAGUCUUUGAAAGGCAGG